AUUGUCAUGACUUUCAUCUGUUUAAAUCCGUCAAGUAUAAUAUAAAAUUUUCAAUUUUGAUUGCAUAAACUCUUAUUAUUAAAAAUGGACAAAAUUUUAAAGUCUGCGGUACUAUUACAACAUCUGGGUGUACCUUUAUUGUUUCCCAAAAGAACUUUAAUGAAACAUAACAUUAAUCACAUUCUAAAUAAAAAAGUUAUGGACAGAUACAUGCGGCUCCCGUUUCCUUGUAAUAAAGUAUUGGCUACAUAUGUAUGGAUUGAUGGCUCAGGAAUUAACAUGCGAUGCAAAGAUAGAAUAUUGAGCUGUAUACCCUAUGCUCCUGACGCUGCUCCAGGUUGGGCAUUCGAUGGUAGUUCAACAGGACAAGCCACUACUGAUAAUUCGGACACUAAGUUGCAACCUGCAGCGAUAUACAGGGAUCCCUUUCGUUGCGAACCACAUGUUCUUGUAUUGUGUGAAGUAUAUUUAGGUGAUGGGGGUCAGCCUGCAGCUACAAAUCAUAGAAAAUAUUGUAAUGAUUUAUGUGAAUUGCAUAAGGAACAAGAGCCUUGGUUCGGCCUGGAACAAGAGUAUACGAUGUUGGAUGUAGAUGGCUGGGGACUUGGUUGGCCUAAAGGCGGUGGAUUUCCUGCAGUCAAGUAUCAAUAUUCGUAUUGUGGAGUUGGAGCAAAAUAUAUAGCAGGAAGAGAUGUAAGUGAAUCUCAUGCAAGGGCUUGUCUCUACGCUGGUCUGGAUUUUGAAGGGACUAAUGCAGAAGUAAUGUACGGAUGCUGGGAAUGGCAGAUUGGUACUACUGCGGGUAUAAAAGCUCCAGAUGAUUUAUGGAUGUCUCGAUAUAUUAUGUCACGUGUAGGUGAGGAUUAUGGAGUUGAUAUUACUUAUCAUCCGAAGCCUUUUGGCGCUUUACAUCCUGGUGUUGGUAUGCAUCACAAUUUUAGUACAAAGAGGAUGCGUUCUGAUGGCGGUUAUAAAUUUAUAGAAGAAUGUAUUAAAAAACUAGAACAGAAUCACAUGAAGCACAUGAAACUUUAUGGUAAUGACGAAGCUACUAAUAGAAUGCGACUCUCAGGUAAAUUUGAAACUGCGCCCUUUGAUAAGUUUUCGUGGGGUAUUGCUAAUAGAAAAGCCUCAAUUCGCCUCCAACGAAACAUAAAAGAGAAAGGUAAAGGUUUCAUGGAAGAUCGAAGACCUGGUGGUGAUUGCGAUCCUUAUCUCGUUUGUGGAUUAUUAAUGGAUACUUGUUUAGGUGGUUCAAGUGGUGCAUGUGGCUCAAUUUGUAAACAAAAAUCAGAUCCAUGCAAGAAAUAAUUUCUUAAUUCUGAAGUAAUUUAAUAAUUUAUACAUUUCAGUAUCUUGUGAUUAAAUGCGCAA